GGGGCGUUAUAAUCGCUUUCAGCAGCUUUCAGUAGUCGUGGUUUGUGAAAAUAGAUAGGGGUAGUUGUCUUAAAGGGUUGUGUUCUGCUUGCGAUCUGUUUACGUUAAUUCUACAUAAUUACACAACAUAAUCAUGGAUACGGACGAAGUUGCGAAGUUGGAGCAUCUGUCUCUUGUGUCAAAAAUAUGCACGGAAUUAGAAAACCAUUUAGGUUUAAAUGACAAGGAUUUAGCUGAGUUCAUAGUCGAUUUGGCGGAGAAGAAUAACAGUUUAGAAACUUUCAAAAAAGUGUUAAUCGAAAAUGGAGCAGAGUUCUCGGAUUCCUUUAUGGCAAACCUGCUACGAAUAAUACAACACAUGAAACCGUCACGACAGUCAAGUAACAAAUCUCUGAGUAAUCAUAAUAGGCAGGAUGACUUGUCAAUCAAGUUCCCAGGGCUAGCGAUACCAAAUGAAUAUUACAAACUGCAGCCAAUCAAGGAGGAAAAGGAUGAAGAUAUUGUUGACGACGCCAUGGCUGCCCUUGAAGCUCUUGCACCGUCAGGUUCCAAAACCAGCCCUACCUCGAGGAAGGAAGAAAGACCCAUCAUUGAGAAUAAUAAGGAUAAGAAAGACAAAGAUAAAGAAAGAAAAAGAAAUAGAUCCAGAGAUCGCAAAAGAGAACGAUCAACAUCCCACAAUCGAAGGGAAAGAGACAGAAGGCAUAGGUCAAAAUCAAGGGAACGAUUGAGAUCCAGAGAUAGAAAUCGUGACAGAAAACGACAGAGAUCUAGAGAUCGAAAGAGAUCUAGAUCCAGAGAUGCCCGUUCUAGGUCUAGGACAAAGCGAUCCAGAUCUCGCGAUCGUAAAGAUUCUAAACGUGGUAAACGACAGGAUUCUGAACGCUCCAGAUCUCGGUCCAUGGAAGAGUUAUCAGUUGAUCCAGAAGUGGGAAAAAUUUACACUGGAAAAGUAGCUAACAUUGUUCAGUUUGGAUGUUUUGUACAAUUAGAGGGUUUGAAACGAAGGUGGGAGGGGUUAGUUCACAUUUCACAGCUCAGGAGAGAGGGGCGCGUCGCUAGUGCAAGUGACAUUGUCUCCAGGGGUCAGAAAGUCUUGGUCAAAGUCUUGAGUGUUGCCGCCCAAAAGGUUUCUCUGAGUAUGAAAGAUGUCGACCAAGAUACUGGACGAGACCUGAAUCCUGUUGUAAGUAUAGCUAAGGCCGACGAAGACGAGAAACAUUUAAGAAACCCAGAUCGGCCUACAUCUUUGCUGGAACUCCAAGGACAUUUAGAUGAGGACGAAACAUAUUCUAGGAAACGAGUACAGAGAUUAUCUUCGCCUGAGAAAUGGGAGAUAAAGCAAAUGAUGUCAGCAGCCUGUAUUGAUAGGAGCGAGCUUCCUGAAUUUGACAUUGAAACUGGAAUUCUACCUCGUGAGGACGAUGAAGAAGAGGACGUUGAGAUUGAGUUGGUGGAGGAAGAACCACCAUUUUUACAUGGGCAUGGUAGAGCUCUAGGUGAUUUGAGUCCAGUUAGAAUCGUAAAAAAUCCAGACGGUUCGCUUGCACAAGCAGCUAUGAUGCAAAGCGCAUUGGCAAAAGAAAGGCGAGAGCAAAAAAUGCUUCAGAGAGAACAAGAAAUGGACUCUAUUCCUGCGGGACUCAACAAAAAUUGGAUAGAUCCUUUACCCGAUGCGGAGAGUCGAACAUUGGCCGCGAAUAUGCGUGGUAUAGGAUUACAAACCCAGGAUCUUCCUGAGUGGAAAAAACACGUAAUUGGUGGCAAAAAAUCAUCAUUUGGUAAAAAAACAAAUCUAACUUUGUUGGAGCAGCGACAGAGUUUGCCUAUUUACAAACUAAGAGACGAGCUUGUUAAGGCAGUAACAGACAAUCAAAUUUUGAUUGUAAUCGGAGAAACUGGCUCUGGGAAAACUACGCAAAUUACUCAGUAUCUGGCGGAAGCCGGUUUUACAACUCGCGGAAAAAUUGGUUGCACCCAACCAAGAAGAGUCGCUGCUAUGUCUGUAGCCAAAAGGGUCGCCGAAGAAUUUGGUUGUAGGCUAGGACAAGAAGUUGGAUACACAAUACGUUUUGAAGACUGUACUAGCCCCGAAACCAGUAUAAAGUACAUGACAGACGGUAUGUUGCUACGAGAGUGUCUCAUGGAUCUUGAUUUGAAAAUGUAUUCCGUUAUUAUGUUGGACGAGGCCCACGAGCGGACCAUUCAUACAGAUGUGCUAUUUGGUUUAUUAAAACAGGCCGUAGGCCGUCGUCCAGAUUUAAAGCUAAUAGUUACUAGUGCUACUCUUGACGCUGUUAAGUUCUCACAAUAUUUUUUCGAGGCACCAAUUUUCACCAUUCCUGGUCGUACAUUCCCUGUUGAGGUGAUGUACACGAAGGAACCAGAGACUGAUUAUUUAGAUGCUGCGUUGAUAACGGUGAUGCAGAUUCAUCUGCGUGAACCACCGGGGGAUGUUCUAUUAUUUUUAACUGGACAGGAAGAGAUCGAUACCGCUUGUGAAAUUUUAUACGAAAGGAUGAAGUCUUUGGGUCCAGACGUACCUGAAUUGAUAAUUUUACCCGUUUAUUCCGCGCUGCCUUCCGAAAUGCAAACGAGAAUAUUUGAACCUGCUCCACCUGGGUCACGAAAAGUGGUUAUAGCAACUAAUAUUGCUGAAACAAGCCUAACAAUCGAUGGUAUAUACUACGUCGUUGACCCAGGAUUUGUUAAACAGAAAGUUUAUAAUUCUAAAACUGGAAUGGACAGCCUUAUCGUUACACCGAUUAGUCAAGCCGCUGCUAAACAGAGAGCUGGCAGAGCUGGUCGAACUGGACCUGGGAAAUGCUACAGAUUGUACACAGAAAGGGCUUAUAGGGAUGAAAUGUUGCCGACUCCGGUACCCGAAAUCCAACGUACCAAUUUAGCUACGACAGUAUUACAACUGAAGACAAUGGGGAUAAAUGAUUUGUUGCACUUCGAUUUCAUGGAUGCACCACCUGUCGAAUCUCUGAUCAUGGCAUUGGAGUCUUUGCAUAGUUUAAGCGCUCUAGACAACGAAGGGCUCCUAACAAGACUAGGAAGACGUAUGGCCGAAUUUCCAUUGGAGCCAAAUUUGUCAAAGAUGUUGAUCAUGAGCGUCCAUUUGCAGUGUUCAGACGAAAUAUUGACCAUCGUGAGCAUGCUCUCUGUACAAAAUGUCUUUUACAGACCAAAAGACAAGCAGGCACUUGCAGAUCAGAAAAAAGCGAAAUUCAACCAAGCGGAAGGAGAUCAUUUAACGUUAUUAGCUGUCUACAAUUCUUGGCGAAAUAAUAAAUUCAGUAAUGCUUGGUGUUAUGAAAACUUUGUGCAAAUAAGAACACUGAAAAGAGCCCAAGACGUCCGCAAACAGCUGUUGGGUAUAAUGGACAGACACAAACUCGAUGUGGUAUCCGCUGCCAAAAAUACAGUCAGAGUACAAAAGACCGUCUGUUCAGGAUUCUUUAGAAAUGCGGCUAAAAAGGAUCCUCAAGAAGGCUACCGAACUCUGGUGGAUAGUCAAGUGGUCUACAUUCACCCGAGCAGUGCAUUGUUCAAUAGGCAACCUGAAUGGGUAAUUUAUCACGAGUUAGUCCAGACCACCAAAGAAUACAUGCGAGAAGUGACGACAAUUGAUCCCAAAUGGCUGGUUGAAUUUGCCCCAGCAUUUUUCAAGUUCAGUGAUCCCACAAAAUUGAGCAAGUUUAAGAAGAAUCAACGAUUAGAACCACUCUAUAAUAAAUACGAAGAACCAAACGCCUGGCGUAUAUCCAGAGUUCGACGGCGCAGAAAUUAAGACUGAUUCUGUAUAUUUGUUGUAGCCAUGCUGCUUUGUUAGUGGUGUGUUUAAUGUUUGUGUACCUUGACUUAAGAUGCCUUGGAGGGAUCUACAUUCUUUCCAUAUCUCUUGACAACAUUAUAUAGUCGGAAGACUCGGAGCAUAAAAAAUUAGCAUUGAAUUGUA